CACACGAUGAAUUUUCAUUCAAGAAUACUUGCAGCUCUUCUACUAGCCCUCAUCUUGAUUCUACUAAAUUCAGGGCCCAAUGCAGCAGAAGCAACAGCAGCAGCUCGAUUCGUUGUCUCAGAAACUUUGCCUUCUUCAACGUCGCAAACACUCAAAUUUCAUGAGCAUGAAAGUGAGAAGCAACCACUCCAGAAAGUUAAAUCAAGCUUUCGGAGAAUACCACGAAGCAGAUCCAAUCCAACGCAAAACAAGUCCAAGCCCCCGUAGGAUAGGAUGACUGAAAGAAGGAUCAUAGAGCAGAGAACAGUGUCUUUCAUUCAAUUGUUUUAUUUAGUUUGCUGCAAUUAGAUGUUAGUUUCUCUUUAGGACAGUCACUAGUGACACCUCUUAGCAUCUAAUUUUGUUCAUUUGUAGCCACAAAGUUUUCUGCUAUAUGUAUUUCCUUAGU